GGGAGAAGCAGCCGCCAACUUCAAAAACAACACCAGCAACAGUCAGCCGAGAGAAAGACAUAAUGAUCGUGCUUCUGUGCCAAUUAGUCCUUCUCGGGGCCCUGUUUGUGGCAUCCAUCUACUGGCUUUUCCUUCUCCCUCCGCGCGAGCCCCGCGACGUGCCGGCCGUGCCCUUUUGGGUCGCGCUGAUUCCCUUCUUCAAGGACGUCGACCAGGCAGACAUUUUUAAACGCUACAUCGAAGGACCCCUUCGGCGCCACGGCGCGGUCAAAAUCUUUUUUGGCGCGCAGUGGAACGUCCUCGUCCACCGGCCGGCCUACCUCGCCGAAAUCUUCAGAAAGGAGGAUGUUUACGAGAAGUCGGGAAACCAGAAAAAGAUACCGCACAGUGUCCUGGCUGCGUUUCUGGGCGACAACAUCAUAUCGAGCAGAGCAGAUACCUGGCAAAGCUACCGAGCGGUUGUCAAGCCUGGCCUGCAACGCAAUUUCGAGGUGGGCACAUUGGCAAGGAAUGCGCGCCUUCUAUGCGAUGCGAUCGAGGCUACACGGAAACUGUCGCUAGGGGGCUCAAUCAUGGUACAGGACUUGCUUCAAAAGUACUCUGUGGCCAACUGCGCCGGGCUGUUGCUCCAGGUGGAUUUGCCUACGAUGGAGUCAGAUUACGUGCCACUCAACAGUCUUCAGAUUGCGGUCAAGCGCGAGAUCUUCAAGCCCAUCUUCAUGAACUUUCCAUUCCUGGACCACCUUCCCUUGCCCGGCCGUAAGCGGGCCAGAAGCCUGGUGGCGGCCUUCAGAAACGAGUUGAAAAUAGCACUCGAGGACAGCCACCAACCAAACCCGCAUCUAUCUGCAUCUGUCGAUAGCAUCCCGGCAGAGACGUCAGAUAAGCUGGGCGCGCGCCUGUUGGGGGCGCUCCGUUCGGGUCUCUGGACCGAAAAGCAAUUCCUUGACAAUCUCACCGUCACAUUUGUGGCUGGACAGGAAAACCCGCAGCUGGCCAUGAUUUCGAUGCUGUACCUGCUCGCUAAGCACCCGCAAAUCCAGGAUCAGGUGUUUUACGAGAUGCGCAGCAAGGUCGGUGAGGGUGCAUGCCACGCCGUCGGUGCCACCACCACCCUACCAGCAGAUCCCGCCGCGGCGACGCAGCUGCUGCAGGAGCUGCCGCUGAUGACGGCCGUCGUGUACGAGAGCCUACGACUAUUCCCGCCCAUCGGGCAGCUCGUCAACCGCAGGGUCGGCGCGGCGGGCGGCGCGCUCCUGGGCGGCGGCGGCAGCAGCAGCACGUACCUGCCGCACGGGACGUAUGUGGGCUACAACUGCUACUCGACCAACAGGGACCCGGAGGCUUGGGGCGCCGACGCGGACGAGUUCAGGCCCGCGCGGUGGGGCGGUGCGCCCGACGAGAUUCAGCGGUGCUACCGCCGCCGGCGGACGCGCGGCGAGUUCAUCUCGUUCCACGGCGGGAAGCGGGCGUGCCUCGGCGAGAAGUUCGCCCUACUCGAGAUGCGGGUGACGCUGUGGCUGCUGGUCGGGCGUUUUCGAUGGGCGCUGGACCCGACCUGGCCAGACAGGAUGACGCCGGCUGGGCCGUUGUACCCGCGGGCUUUGAAGCUCGUUUUCGAAAACCGCUAGCGGUGGCGCGGUUUGAGACUAGGGGUUGGAAACCGGCGUGCUAGAAGACGCCCCCUCGCAGCAUAUGCUAUCAACAUCUUAGUAAGGUAGCUAGAAAAUUGAUGCCAAGUACGGAAACAUA